UGGGAACAAGCCCGCCGAGGAGCAUUGAGUAGUGUGGUCUCUCCAACCCCGGAGGCCAUUUCCCAGCAGCGGUUCUCCUCCUCUGGCUCAGCCACGUGCCUGGAUGAACUCUGAGCUGCAGGUCAUCUUGGCCGACUCCAGCCAUCCUGGCGGUUCCGUCCGGGCUGAGGUGGAGACUGCAGCCCCAGAUCUCAGCGCUCCCCACUUCUCAAGCUUCAGUUCCGGUUUUUCUCACUGGAUCUCGGAGUAUCCAGGCCCCCUCCACCAUGGCCACCCGGGGUGGGGGCCGGGGUCGUGGCCGAGGCCAGUUGACCUUCAACAUGGAGGCUGUGGGCAUUGGGAAGGGCGAUGCCUUGCCCCCACCCACUCUGCAGCCUUCUCCACUCUUCCCUCCCCUGGAGUUCCACCCUGUGCCUCUGCCCCCGGGAGAGGAAGGGGAGUACGUUCUGGCACUGAAGCAAGAGCUGCGUGGGGCCAUGAGGCAGCUCCCAUACUUCAUCCGGCCAGCUGUGCCCAGAAGAGAUGUGGAACGUUACUCAGACAAGUAUCAGAUGUCUGGGCCGAUUGACAAUGCCAUCGAUUGGAACCCUGAUUGGCGGCGUCUGCCCCGGGAGCUCAAGAUUCGAGUUAGAAAACUACAGAAGGGACGGACCACCAUUGUCCUCCCCAAGAGGCCCCCUAAGAGCACGGAGGAGAAGGAGGAGACAAUACAGAAGCUAGAGACUCUGGAGAAGAAGGAGGCAGAAAUGACUUCAGAGGAGGACGAAGAGAAAGAAGAAGAAGAGAAGGAAGAGGGGGAGGAAGAGGAGUAUGAUGAGGAAGAGCAUGAGGAGGAGACUGAUUAUAUCAUGUCCUAUUUUGACAAUGGAGAGGACUUUGGAGUGGACAGUGAUGACAAUAUGGACGAAGCUAUCUACUGAGAACCUGGGCCCGUGUGUCUUUCUUGGUUUCAGAUAGAGGGUCUAAAAUUAUUUAGGGUUUUCCCUGUUUUUGCUAUUAUUGUUUUUGAGACAGGAUCUCGCGUAGCUCAGGCUGGUCUGCAACUCAGUAUGUAGCUGAGAUUGGCCUUUAACUCUUGGUCCUUCUACCCCCCUCCCCCCAAGUCUUGAGAGUACCAGGGCACACCACCACAGCAGACUUCCUAUUAUUUCCUUUUGAGGGGGGAGUCACUCAGUCAGAACCCAGGUGAGCUGUGUGCUCCCUGGGGGUUGUCAUCAACUGCUGUUGAUGAACAGCAGCGCCAAGGAGCUGGCUUCCCUCCUCCUCACGUCUUUGUGUGGGCCGUUAGAGGGACAGCUGUGUGCAUCCGCCACUCCAUCUUUAUAAGCCUUAUGGACAAACUUAGGGUGGAAGCAUUCAAGAGAAGUCAGGCCUGUUUUGUAUUUUUAAAUAAAAUGUUUGUAUCUGUCUCUUUA